GAAAAGGUAAGAAACAGAGUGCUAGGAAGGUGCUGUGGACGUGCUCCAGUGUGGGAUGCUCUGAGCUGUGGUGGUUGCGUGUUUGUUGUUGGUGGUGCUGUUCUGUGUCGCAGGCGCUGUCCGGUGGAUUUGGUGAUACUCUGGAUUCGUUCGAACUGAGGUUGGUGGAUCUAGCUGAGGUUGGUGGAUCUAGCUGAGGUUGGUGGAUCUAAGUGAGGUUGGUGGAUUGAACUGAGGUUGGUGGAUCUAACUGAGGUUGGUGGAUCCAUCUUCUACGUGGUAGUUCUGGACGUCUAAGAUAAUAAUUAAAAUCGUGUGAACAAAUAUUUAAUGUUCCAGUUAGUCAAGUAUAUAGUUAAUAUAUUUUUAAAAAAUAUAUAUAUAAAUAUACUAUGCAGAUAAAUAAUAAUAUUUAGGAAUUUGUCGGGUUCCGAAGUUUUAAAAACAACACCCUCACCGAGGAUCGAAACAAAUUUCAAACAACUAUGUGAGAGUGUAAUGUUUAGACAUUAAAUAAUAAAAAAAAUUCUGGGUAAUUCUUAAAAGCAUAUUAUAUGGUUUAAAAUUUCAGCCUGGGAACCUUGCUUUAAGUUGCACUCGACAGUGUGCAUACAAUUAAAACAAAGUAUAAUGUCACUGACACGAUUAAAACAAAGUAUAAUGUCACUGACACGAUUAAAACAAAGUAUAAUGUCACUGACACGAUUAAAACAAAGUAUAAUGUCACUGACACCAUUCAAACUAAGUAUAAUGUCACUGACACUAUUUAAACAAAGUAUGAUGUCACCGACAACAUUAAAGGAAUGUAUAUUUUAUACAAAUACAAUCGCUCGAGCCGAAUCUGUAUGGCAGACGAACGUUUAAAAUAAACUUAAACAAAAUGUUUCUCAUCGAAUGCCUACCGCACUUUGGCAAUCAUGCUUAGGCUGCGAGUUUGAGAUUCCACGCCAUGAAUUGUAUUAUGGAUGAAAUAUUUGACAUCAUGGAAAAGGUCAGUGGUCAUCAGAAGUUUUCUAUUUUAUGAUGUCAUUGAUCAUAUUGUCAAAAUUUAACCCCCCCCCCCCCCAAAAAAAAAAAAAAAACUUAACGCGUGAAUUUUUUCCGAAUGUCUCAGUUUGUCCGUAUUCCUCACUGUAUUUCAGUUUGUCCGUAUUCCUCACUGUAUUUCAGUUUGUCCGUAUUCCUCACUGUAUUUCAGUUUGUCUCACUGUAUAUCUGUAUGUCUCACUGCAGGUCCUUAUGUCUCGCUGUAUCUCCGUAUGUCUCACUAAAUGUCUCACUUGAUGUCCGUAUUCCUAACUGUUGUCCGUAGUUCUCACUGUUUGUCCGUAGUCCUCAAUGUAUGUCCGUAUGUCUCACUGUAUGUCUCACUGCAUGUCUCACUGUAUGUCUCACUGUAUGUCUCACUGUAUGUCUCACUGCAUGUCUCACUGUAUGUCUCACUGUAUGUCUCACUGCAUGUCUCACUGUAUGUCUCACUGUAUGUCUCACUGCAUGUCUCACUGUAUGUCUCACUGCAUGUCUCACUGUAUGUCUCACUGCAUGUCUCACUGUAUUUCUCACUGUAUGUCUCCCUGUAUGCCCGUAUGCAUCAGUUGUGUACUAAACCUCAAAACUUCAUUGCCUACAAGAUGAAAGAAUCAUUCCGUUGCUUUUUUUCAUCAAACGGCGCGUAACAAAAUGGUACAGCAUUAAACGUUGAGACCUCAUCCAGAAUCUUUUAUUUCAUAUUUGUUGGGUUAGUUGAGUUGGGCGCAGAAUUUUAACAGCCGACAGGAAUAUUUGGGAGACUGCCCAGUUCACCUUUAAAAGAAGCACAAAAAACAUUUGUACGCGGAUAUGAGGAGGGACGAAGUGGAACAUGGAAAAAUGUGUGUGUGUGGGUGUGGGGGUGGGGGUGGGGGGGGAAUAAAAUCUAAAAAAAACAGACAGGUGUAAUGUAAGACAGGAAGUCGGGUUCAUUUCAUGACGGUUGGUAUGUUAGGGAUCCUACGGCGUUUGUUCAUUGGUUGUGAUGGUCGAUAUGUGCAGAAAAAAUAUAAGGUGAUGGUCGAUUGCAGUGGGAUGAUUGUUAUGUACAGGGGUUUCUGUUGCGAUAGUUGAUUGGGACGGGAUGAAAGUUGUGUACAUGGGUGCUAAACAGGGACGUCCUUGGGAGUAUUGGGAGGGGGUGGGGCUGGGAAAAAAAACUCACCGAGUCCCUUACCUCUUUUCUAGCCAUUUAAAUUAAUGUUAUGAAAAGUAUUUUGGACCCCUGUUGGCUCAAGCUUUAUGACUAGAGUUUCUUCCUGACAAUUUAUUCGGAAUAAAGAAGGAGGGGGUGGGGGGCGUAGCGAUGGUUGCUUUUUUGUUCGGGGAUGGGGGCAGGACAUGUAUUAUGUCACCCAUCAAAAGCUUUGUUUUCAUCGCCCCUCCCCCAUACGUUGAAAGUAAUUUAUUCCGGUUACGACGCCCCAUGGAGGGUACGCUUUUGAUGAAAAAAGAUUGAUAAAAAGGUGUCUUUACUUAUACUUUGUUUGUGGAAUGAAGCGUGAAUUGGGGUCUUGGGAGAGACAUCCGUGUGCCCCUUCCCAGCUAAUUUUUGCUAAAUUCAAAAUGCACUGAUGCAUUUCGGCGCAUACCGGGAUUUAGUUUUGCAUAAUUCUACUCUAAAUCUAUGAGCAACAGAAGAAAUUAUGCUGGAAAUAUAAUUGUCAGCUGCCAAGCUUGCCCAUGCCUCCAGGCCCAAUGGUGAUAGUUGAUUGGCUCUGAUGUCUGCUAUUUGAAGAAGGAAGGGGGGGUUCUUUUGCUAUAGCUGAUAGGUUGCAAUGUGUGGAUGUUUUAUUGUACUCAUUUAAAAAGAGUAGCAUUGUUGUCUCCUUAUGAUAUUUUACAUCUAGAAUUAUGUAUGCCUGCUUAUGUCUGGAGAUCAAAAGAUAUCGACCUAGAUAUUAGAUACGAAUCUAUAUGUUUAUAAAGAAUAAUUGGAUAGCUUCUCAAAAUUUCUCAUUUGUACCAGAUCAGAUAUUUACCAGUCUCUAGGCAUUGUAUUUUUACUUCUCUCCAUUCUUUUAGCCCUCCAGUAAUUAAAUUUUUAACUAUUGAAUUUAAAAAAAAUAAAAAAUUAAAAACUUUUCAAGGCUAUCACGGAAUACUAAAUUGAUUACGCCAAAGUUUAACUUCAAUUAUCUCACUUGAAUGAUAGCCUUGAGCUUCUCAUGCUGUAUUUUACCAACAAUUCACAUUUAAACUUCGGCAUCUAAUACAAUUGUUAUUUAGAAUUGUGUGAAGAUGGGUUACAUUGUGUGAAGAUGGGUUACAUUGUGUGAAGAUGGGUUACAUUGUGUGAAGAUGGGUUACAUUGUGUGAAGAUGGGUUACAUUGUGUGAAGAAGAUGUGUUACAUUGUGUGAAGAUGGGUUACAUUGUGUGAAGAUGGGUUACAUUGUGUGAAGAUGGGUUACAUUGUGUGAAGAUGGGUUACAUUGUGUGAAGAUGGGUUACAUUGUGUGAAGAUGGGUUACAUUGUGUGAAGAUGGGUUACAUUGUGUGAAGAUGGGUUACAUUGUGUGAAGAUGGGUUACAUUGUGUGAAGAUGGGUUACAUUGUGUGAAGAUGGGUUACAUUGUGUGAAGAUGGGUUAGAUUGUGUGAAGAUGGGUUACAUUGUUUGAAGAUGGGUUAGAUUGUGUGAAGAUGGGUUACAUUGUGUGAAGAUGGGUUACAUUAUGUGAAGAUCGGUUACAUUGUGUGAAGAUGGGUUAGAUUGUGUGAAGAUGGGUUACAUUGUGUGAAGAUAGGUUACAUUGUGUGAAGAUGGGUUACAUUGUCGCAUCGAAUGUCCCUCUCUUGACGCAUCGGUAACAUGGUCGUACAAUUACUGAUCACAAUUAUAUUGGCCGUUCAAUGACUGGUCAAACUUUGACUUGGGUACAAUUACUGAUCACAAUUAUAUUGGCCGUUCAAUGACUGGUCAAACAUUGACUUGGGUACAAUUACUGGUCACAAUUAUAUUGGCCGUUCAAUGACUGGUCAAACAUUGAAUUGGGUACAAUUACUGGUCACACAUUUACUUGGGUACAAUUACUGGUCACACAUUGAAUUAGGUACAAUUACUGGUCACACAUUUACUUGGGUACAAUUACUGAUCACACAUUGACUUGGGUACAAUUACUGGUCACACAUUUACUCGGGUACAAUUACUGGUCACACAUUGACUUGGGUACAAUUACUGGUCAAACAUUGACUUGGCUACAGUUUCUGGUCACAAUUAUAUUGGCCGUGCAAUUACUAAUCGCAUUCAUCUUUGCCGUACAAUUAGAAUUCACAAUUCGCGACUGCUGCCAACAAUGUUCAAAGACAUUUAUCGAAAGAUUACAGUCUCGCUUUUGGCCAAUUUUGCAGCCAUUCAGUCCAUUACCAGGUGUCCCAUUUAUACUUGAUAUGUUUAUUUAUCAAGAUAUAUUUAUCAUGGCAAGUUUUCCCAGUCUGUCGAGGAGUUUUAUUUCUGGCAACGUGCAAUGUUUUUAUUAAAAGAGAAAAAAAAAAUUUGGACAGGAAAAGCCAGGAAAAAACAACAACUUGUUAUUAAGUGUGAGUGUGUGAGGGGGGAGGGGAGAGAGGUUUGGGGGGGGGGGGUUACCAUUAUGCUUUAUAUUUUAUUGAAUGAAUAAAGAUAUUUUAAUUUUAAUUUGGACUUAUCCCUUAUGGAUUUUAAAAUGUAUACAUUAUCUUAUGUAUAUAAAAAUGUUUACUUUAUCUUUGGGAAUGUUAAUGUUUAAAAAAUCCUUUUAAAAAAUGUUUAAUAAUUGUCAUUAGAAUAUGUUACACGCAAAUCUCAUGUUACGUUCUAAACAUCUCCAUAUAUCACACCCACAUAAUCCCUCAGCAUCUCCAUUAUGGUACACUAAAAUGUCGUAUUACGUUCUAGGCAUCUCACAUAUGUUACACUCAGAUGUCAUGUUAGUUCUUAUCAUCUCACAUAUGUUACACGCAAAUGUCAUGUUAGUUCUUAGCAUCUCACAUAUGUUAUACGCAUAUGUCAUGUUGCGUUCUAAUCAUCCCCCAUAUGUUACGUGCGAAUUUCCUGUUAGGUUCAAACCAUCUACAAUAUGUUAUAUGAGAAUGUCGUGUUAGUCUCUAAGCAGCUACGAUAUGUUACAGUCAAGUGUACUGUCUCUCAGCAGGUCCAGUCUACCUACCACCCAAACAUCGCAUAAAACUCCCUUGGAAGGAGGAAGGAGAGCAUAGAUUUUUAUUCCUAUAACAAAUCAUUUAAACUUGGUUUUCAAAUAAUAACUUCUUUCUCUCACGAUAGUGCGCGUACUUUGAAACAUAACGGUUCACCGUGGGAUGUAAGAAAAGGCAUAACACUCAUCUGCUGAUGUUAUGUAUAUUUCAUAGACUCUGUAAAUUGAGGCCAACAAGUCCUGCCUUCAAAAUUAACAACCAAUAAGAACACCGCUCUCCUUUUAAGUUUCAUAAUCAUUUCAAACUGAUAUUGCAAGUCUGUGGCAUAAAUCUCCCCGAUAUGUUAACAGCUGUUAUGUUACCCAUGUUGUUUUAUUUCAUUUCCAUGGUUCUUAUGUGAUUUAGGCAACACUUUAACAGCAGGUACCGUGUUAAGUUUACAGCCUUCAUUGUCAACUUUAUGGCCACUAAACACUAAAAAAACAGAUAUAUUGUCCAUUUUGUUAUUUUGUCAAGGACUAACGGGUGAAAUGAUUAGUUUUAGGCGGGGAUCCUCAAACCUUUUAAUGAAGUGGCCGGCUCACUGUCAGUCAAUCACUGCUAAGGGGCCAAACAUUAUUAUUUUUAAAAAAAGAAAUGUAAACCACUUCCAUUGCAUUACAUGUCAUAACAAAACGAUGCAAUAUUUAACAAGAAAAUUUAAAUCAAAAGAAAAAUUGUUAAAAUUUAAAUUUGAAGUAUGAGCAUGGAAUUUGGCUAAUGAGACGGUCCAUUUCCGGUGUCAUAUUUGUCUGAGCCACACGGGUACCCGUACGGCGGCCAGGUUGGCUGGGUUAAAAUUCCUGGCGGGCCGGAUGCGGCCCGAGAGACAUAGUUUAGAGGGGCCCUGGGCUAGAGCAUUCAAAAUCUAGUUAUCUUAAAUUUAACUGUGCUCGUAAUGUAUGUAAAAGUGGAUUUUUUUACAUUGGGACAAUAAUACUUAAAACUUGUUAAUAUACUUUUUAAUGACAUCAUUUACAUUAUUUGUACAAUGUGAAAAUAGGGAAUAAGAUAGGGAAUGUCACUUGAGUAAAAAAUGGGGAAUUUCGGUUCAGUGCAAAAACUGUAUCCAUUUAUAGACGGAGCACUUACGCUGAUCAAAUCAAUGAAUCUCAAAGUAAGGCGAACGUCUUAAAAAAACUGCCUUAACACAUUCCCCCGCACCUCUACAAAUAUUCAAAAUAUUUAAAAACCUCUGUUUAUAAAGAUCAUACAUUCCAUAUUUCAAUCGGGGUGUGUUUGUGUUAAAGUUAAUGGUUGCUGCGGAGGUAAGAUCAUAUACAUUUAUAUACCUAUCUAGUAAGCACUAGACCAGCAAAGAGGAGUAACUAGAUUCAUGUAAUAGCAUAUGAAGUAGGUGAGUCGACAAGAACUGUAUAAUAGUCUAACACCCACGCAAUUCUCCCAAACACGAAACACUGAUAACCUGCCCUUAUACAUCGCAUUAGAGCAUUACACUUAUACCAUUGGAAAGCGUCACGACCAACCAUCCCUCUCUUACCGUAUUUCCUCGACACACUACAUUUAAACCUUUGUCACAACCAACCAUCCCUCUCUUACCGUAUUUCCUCGACACACUACAUUUAAACCUUUGUCACAACCAACCAUCGCUCUCUUAGCGUAUUUCAUCGACACACUACAUUUAAACCUUUGUCACAACCAACCAUCCCUCUCUUAGCGUAUUUCAUCGACACACUACAUUUAAACCUUUGUCACAACCAACCAUCCCUCUCUUAGCGUAUUUCAUCGACACACUACAUUUAAACCUUUGUCACAACCAACCAUCGCUCUCUUACCGUAUUUCAUCGACACACUACAUUUAAACCUUUGUCACAACCAACCAUCACUCUCUAAGCGUAUUUCAUCGACACAUUACAUUUAAACCUUUGUCACAACCAACCAUCGCUCUCUUAGCGUAUUUCAUCGACACACUACAUUUAAACCUUUGUCACAACCAACCAUCCCUCUCUUAGCGUAUUUCAUCGACACAUUACAUUUAAACCUUUGUUACAACCAACCAUCGCUCUCUUAGCGUAUUUCAUCGACACAUUACAUUUAAACCUUUGUCACCACCAACGUAUCUGUAUUUUUGUUCAAUUUGUUACAGACAUGUGUUUGUGACCAACAGUUCUGUUUAUUGAAGGAGAACAAUUACAGUAGCUUUUUCUCUGUCUCACUCUCUGUCAAUCUCUUCUCCAACUCCCUGUAUCACUCUCAAUUAAAUACAUCUUUUCUUAAUCAUUUUAUCUCCCCUCUCUCUUUUUCUCUCUCAGUUCAACCUCCUUUCUCUUUAUCAUUUUUUUUCCUCCCCUCUCUCGUUCUCUUUCUCUCACGCUCCAUCUUGUUCAUCUGUAUCAUUACACAAAUCUCUUGUCAACAAUAACGUGUUGGUGUUCUCGUUAACAUUAUCAUGAUUUUACCAUCAGCUCUUUAACUUAUACAUUUUUUUUUUUUUAUAAUUUCAAAUAAGUUUAUAAUUUGUAAAUCCUGUCAAUACAUUCUUUUACAUGGGUUUUACAUCUUCAAGGCAACAGUUCUAUUGUUAACAAUUUGAAUUCUCUACAUGAUACACAUCUUUUAAACAUACUUUCUUCAUAGCUCCAUUUUGUCUUCAAACAUACACGUCGACACAGUCUUAAAUCCCUUUGCAACAAAUUUAAAAAGGCCAUUGAUAAGUGUGUGUAUUAUUGCCUAACAUAUUGCAUAUCUAUGUGUCUUUUCUUCCCAGUGAAAUAAGAACAAGAUGAAAAGAAGAGGAUACCUGCCACCAUCAACACAGACCUGAGGCACGGCCGCCAGCAACUCGCGGCUGACUGCUGGCUAGCUGAUAGCUGCUACACACACGGCAGCACCACCCCUUCUCCCCCACCCGUCCCGCUCUUCGGCUCAGUUCUACCUUCCCGUCGUCAGUGCUCAACUAUGAUAUUUUCCCCUCUUCAUCUUCUGACAAAUCACCAGGCAAUCUGUUUUACAUAACACAGGUAUUUGUUGCAGGUUACCAAUGGCAAAUCGUCAAUGGUAUUCACACUCAAAGUGCCAUAGCUAAAUGCUUUAAAUUUGUAAACAGUCAUUAUCCGCAAAGGGGGCAAACAACGACUCUCGAAACGAUAAAAGAUAAUGUAAUGGGUAGAUCAUUCUAAUCAUAGUUACGUCCCUCUUACACCAGCCAUCACCACUAUUCCAGACUUCCCAUGUGGCUUGCCUCAAGAUUUAAGCAAUUAUUUCUACCGCCAAUACAGUAAAUAAAAAACUAUGUUCAACGUUUGGUAAAUGUCUUGCGAAAAAAACAACACCAUAAGGAUAAUUCCGUUACCUUUUCAAAUAUAUCUUUCACAAGACAUUCACAUAAUUAUCUUUAACCAACACUUUAAAUUCUAAAAUCACAUAUAUUUUGUUGCGCUUCCUCAAAGAGAUGGUUGCUUUUCGCACUCACCCUCUUCUUGGUGGGGGCUGCUUAGCUCACCUGACACGCGCGCGCCUGUGUUCUUCCAGGCAAGAUUCUGGCACUGAGCUCAUCUGUUUUGUGUGCAUGAAGGGCAUAGCACGUGAAAGAACAUUCCUUGUUACGAGUUAUUUUUUUUUUCAAAAAAAAGAACGAAAUUUUGCCCUAGUUACAGAGGAAGUGUUUUGAUGUUUGAAGUUAAUUUCCACCACAUCAUCGAUCACGUGCUUGUAUUGUGGUGACUUGUGAUUGCCUGAAUGGCAGAUGAUUAGUUCGUUAUACCGUACCGUCCUUCAGAAAACUCGAUAUGCUUAAGUUUUGUUUUGGAAUAUUUUAACACACAACUAGUGAUUUCUUGGAGAUUUCGUUUCAAGGGCUGAUACAAUCUUUGUAGGUGUUUUAAGAAAUGUUUGCAUGCAGUUAUUAUAAGCAGUAAAUAUGCCCUGAAUGCAGUUAUAAGCAGUAAAUAUGCCAUGAAUGCAGUUAUAAGCAGUAAAUAUGCCCUGAAUGCAGUUAUAAGCAGUAAAUAUGUUCUGAUUGCAGUUGUUUUAAGUAGUAAAUAUGUUCUGAAUGAAGUUGUUAUAAGCAGUAAAGAUGUUCUUAUUAUAGUUGUUAUUAGCAGUAAAUACGUACUGAAUGCAGUUGUCUAUGCAGUAAAGGUUUUCUUAAGCAGAUUGACAUGCAGUUGUCAUUACUAAGCAAACAGCUUUAAAAUGUUGUCCCAUUACGUCUUUGAUGCCUAUUUACCAGGUGAUAGUUUUUCUGGCUUAUGUGAAGCAUGCCUACUUCAUUUUUAUUAGAUCACAUCCAAAAAAAGCCAGUCGGUAAAGGAGAUAACUAAAUUCUGUUAUGGCUUUUUUUGUUUUGUUCGGGCGAUGUGGAUUAUGGCUUUAUGUUUAAUUUUUUAAAAGAAUAUAACUACAUUUUAAUGGGAAUUCCUUUAUUACCAAAGAUUGUUUAUAUUCAAUUUUGCAUUCUGUAAUGAGCUUGUUCCCCGGGCUGUGUUCAUACAUGUAAGAAUAGUGUAAAUCUACUCAACAAAUCAAUUUUUUAAAAAACAUGGCGGUUCUUAAUCGUCCAUUUCAUCACGAUCGCUGUCUAGAUCAGUGGAGUUGUAAUCUAUUUAGUUGCAAUGACCCCAAGUUUUGAACUUCACACUUUUAUGAACAUUUUCAUAAAGUCAACAGCAUAUGUCAACAAACAAUUUCGGAGCUCAAACAAUUGAGAACCACUAAUGACGCGUCUGGAAUAUUUCAUUUAGUGUAAUUUCUGCGUGCCAUGCAUUCCUAAUAGUAAAAGACGAUGUUACUUAAAGCGGCGAACCAUUGGAAGUGUGCCACCACUAAACACCCCCGAGCUGUCUUUAAUGGAUGAUAAGAAUAGCAUUAAGAGCAUACAUCUGAAUAGGGGAGUUAAAAAUUAAUCCCGUAUCAAGUUAUGAUUUUAAGAGUCAAGUGCUACCUGGCAACGCCACAGGGUGCAUUCAUGGUAGCAAUAUGUUUCACGUUCGUCCAUUGGCGUGGGAAGGGGGUGAAGAGACAGAGCCCCCCCCCCACCCAAGUGCCACUAACACUAGCUGCGCCACGGCAUCUGUCAUUGGCUUUUACGGGCACUUUUAUCUCUCCUGUGGUUUUCACAAUUUUUGAUGAAUUUCGAAAAAAAAAUGAAGUUUUGUAUUUGACAAAAAUAUGUAAAGAAUUUUUUUUUUAUGUCAUUGGUCAUUACUAAAACUAAAAUUCACUCUUUGAAACUUUAAUGAAGUCCAAAUCAUCAGUGGCGUAGGAAUCGGCUUGCGAAGGGCUGGGAGCAGUCAGCCUCCAUAUUGUACUCUUUUCUUUAUAUUUAGGGGGUUGAGUAUACAACCAAAAGUGUGGGUUUUUUUCUGAGUGGGGGAAGGGGGUUGUAAGACAAAAAGCUUGGACCACCCCGGAUGGCACCAGCCCCAGCUACGCCAUUGCCCAGCAAUGUUAUUUAUUAAAACGCUCGGCUGUCAUCAAACUAUAGGUCAAUUUAACUCAGAAGUCAAGAUUUAGGGAAGUAUUACACAGAAAUGCUCAAAUGAACAUUACUAGGCUUUUCCACUUAUCACCGAGGGCUCGAACAAUUAGAACAUGUAUCUAGAAUUUUCCAGAUUCACGACUCUUAUACAAUGUGUCGCAAAGCACUCCGUAUGUUUGAUAGUUCAGACAAAAGGGGGCAUAAUUAUUGUAAUCAAUGUUUAUGUCAAAAAGUAAAUUCGUUUUGUUUUCGUGGAUGCUUUCCCUUACAAUACUCAUUGGAAUAAGAAACCUAGAAGUCGUAUGAAGAUGUUGAUGUACUGGUUAAGAAGGCGUAGUGUUAGAAAUGUGGAAUUUAUUUAAUGUUUCUAUGAGAAGGGGUUGUGAAAUACAAAUGCAAAUGACCAAUAACUAAAUUUAACUUUACGUACGUCAUAUCUAUAGAUAACCCGAUGGACUUAAACACAAAUUCCGACAUGGAGCGAACAGCUAAGCACUUGAGCUCGUCUUAGAGGUGUCGGUCAGAGUGCAGCUGUCACCACCAUGACGGCCAUGGCAGAGGAUGUGGACGACCGGUUCGCAGGCAUUGACAUCGACAGUCUCCUGAAUCGGACCGAGAGGAGACCGUUCACGUACGGCCGGAAGAAGUGUCUUUAUGAAGGUAGGUGUGACGACACACUGAAGUGUCAUUAUGAAGGUAGGUGUGACGACACACUGAAGUGUCUUUAUGAAGGUAGGUGUGACGACACACUGAAGUGUCUUAAUGAGGGUAGGUGUGACGACACACUACAGUGUUUAAGUCGAGCGUCCUGGUGUCCAGACGACAGAAAAAAAGUAAAUCAGCAACAGACGUGUCACAAAAUAAAAUAAAAAUAUGGGUAUUUCAUUUUCAAUAAACUGAUUCAUGAAAUAGAAUAUAAUUUUUAAGUAAGCUUUCAAAAUAAUGUUGCGUCCUUUUAAGCUCCCAUUUUAACCCCCCCCCCCCCCAAUCCGGUUCAACCUCAUUUGAUUAUUUCGGUCUUUUACCCGAAGCAAACUUGAAUAUAAUUUUAUUGACAAUGUAAAUGUUAUUAAAUUGGCUUCAUACAAAAGUGGGAACUCAAGAAACGAAGAAAAAAAGUUCAUUAAAAUAAUGCAACGAUUUAGCUGCACAAAAAAAAAGAAAAAAAAUUAAAUAAAAAAUAUAUUAAAAAAAGUUGUCAGAAGAUUGUAGAUUGAGAUGAGACAAUGAUGUGGCUCCAGAAGAUUGUAGAUUGAGAUGAGACAAUGAUGUGGCUCCAGAAGAGUAACUGCGCUUGUUGAUUUUAAAAAAAAUGCCAGUGUUCUUAAUAUUUCACCCAAGAUCUGCAUGGGUUUUUACUUUACUGCUCCUGCACAGGACUUUUGAUUAAAUUAUAUUCAUCUUUUAUUAUAUACAUAACAACAGAACAAGACGCUAGCAAUUGAAAUGCCAUUUUAAGUUUUUGACUUGCAACAUUUUUGUGUAUUCUUAAAAAAAAACAAAAAAUAUUUUUUUUUAAAUAAUCUAAAUACCAAAGUAAAAGUAACAUUUCAUGACUAAAUUCAUCUUUUUGUAAGUUUUAAAAAUAAAAUUGAAGAUACAAUUGAAGGAAAGCAUUUGUGACAUAAAAGAUAGUGAAAAAGAAAAAAACAAAGAAAUAAUUGAAGUGUCGCGUCAUAUUCCCUGGUUUGCAACGCAACCCUCAAGUCGAGGCAUAAGUCCUCCAUCUGUUGCAUAAUGAACACAGUCCGGUAAACACCACAUGCCAGUGUAAACAAUCCUAACCACAGACACAGUGCAUGGGUGCACGGGACCGUUCCCUAAAUCUCUAUAUUUCAUUAUUGAUCCGAUCCACUUUUCCCUUUAUUUUCCCCAAACAAAAAACAGUUAACCAUCUUCUCCCUAUAUCGUCAUAUCAAAGUGAACUCUACCAUUGCUAAGUCAGUACGGAACAGGUAACGUGUAAAUGCCCUAAGGAUGCCCAUGAUGUUAUCCUUCGUCUCUCAGCCCUCCCACGCCAGUAGAAUUCCCGGCUCAACGGGUGGGGGCCCUACUAGAGAGAAGUGAACUCAUUCUAGGGGCCGUGAAACAAUUUCCACAUACCUCCCAAAAAGACCCCAAGUAGCUUAAAGACGCGGAGGAUCUGUGUGCAGGUGGCUCCCUCCGGUUCUAGGUGGCACUCACGUUUGAUCUAUAAAUAUAAGACGAACUGAGAACGCAUCGCGGCUCUAGCAGGGAUCCCGAGGUAAAUGUCACGCUGGAGGAAGCGAAAGUGCUUCCUGAUUGUCAACAGAGCCUCAGAAAAUUAGGGGCUUUCGAGAUAGGUGUUUAGGAGUUUAACACUUUGAACGCUGCAAACUGUGCAUUGAGACUAAGUUGUAGCUCCAGAUGGAGUUUCAACAAUGAGUUGUAUUUCAUUAUUUGAAAAAAAAAGGUUAACAUGGCAAUUAGUAAUACCGCAAAAAAAUACUAAUAUUAUUAUUUGUAUGAUGAUCGGUUGUAUUUAAGAAAAAUGACAAUCAUAUCCAUAUUAUUAUUAUUGCUUAAGAACUAAAGUCUUACCUGUUCUUUUUUUUUACUUCAAAGACAAUGAUAAAUCAACUAUAUGUUCAUGAAAAUUCUCCUCACACUAUUAGCCUAACUUGUGUAUGUUGCCCCCACCCCCCCUCUUGCCCCCCCUGCACCAAAAACACCAAAACCACCCGCUAAACACUUGUAUAUGUAUACAGUCAAGGAUAGUUAACGCCUGCUCCAUAUGAGCCGGUCUACUGCAGAUGAAUGGUAGAUGAUCAGAUUAGUUCUCGCCACUAUCAUCUCAAGGUUUCAUAAUUUUCGACGGCUGUUAGAUAAUUCCCAAGGUUUCCAUAUUACCCCCCCCCCUCGACCCCCACGCUCCCAUCAAGUUUUCCAUAUUACCCCCCCCCCCGACCCCGAAGCUCCCAUCAGUAUCAUAUAAUAAUGACCCCUGUUGUUUUGUUGUUGUUUUUUUUUGUUGUUGUUUUUUUCGGAAGUUGGGUUGGGGUGAGGGGUAGGGAGAAGCAGAUGUCUGACGCACGUCUUAGUUUUCUCUCUUUUACUCUCAUCAAGUAUAAAUAUCAUUUGAGAAAGAAGCGACUUAAAUGUUUUGAAAUACAACACACCAUUCCAAUACUUUGGUUUUAAAAAAAAAAAGUGAAUCUAUUUCGUCCAAUAGAUCCUUUUGUUUUUUUUUUUUAUUUUUAGCACCUGAGUUUAUUCAACGUCUCAACGGAGAGGAGACGGUCCUGGAAGGGCAGUCACUCUGUAUUGAAUGCAAGGUGGCUGGGUUUCCAGCUCCUGCGUUGCGCUGGUUCAAGGUAUUUAAUAUAUACAUAUAUAUACACAUAUAUAUAUUUUUUUAAAAAUCAUACUGGAUGGGGAUGAAGGUCAUUGUAAAUGUUUAAAUGGGGAUUCACUGUCUAUUGAAUUGCCAUGUUACUGGAUCGCUGCCUUUGUUAUUAUUUUUAUUUUUUGAGUGUUAAAAUUAAAUAUAUAUUCUAAACAUAUGUUGCUAAAGUAUACUACAUGAUGUACCUGCUAAACAAUUUUUUUUUCAUCAUGUUUCUUUCAUGUUAAUUUCUAUAUAUUUAUUUGAAGUUUUAACUUACAACAGUUUUUAACGUUGAUGUGGGGUGGGGAUGGGGGUGGGGGUGGGGUGGGGUUGGGGUGUUUAUAUAACUUAAAUUGCGUUUAGUGUUGCCCGAGUUCUUUUAGUGUCUAAUCAAAAAAUAAAAUUGGCAAUUUUCGGUAAAGAAAUUAUGUAACAUCUUUUAGAUUCACUUUUAUAUUUAAAAAACGUCUCCCGUUAAGUAGCAGAAGGCCAAGGCCUCGUUAGGAAAUAGCUUUUACAACAAACACAUCCGCAUUAAUGCAAUCAGUAAGUUGAUCAAGCCAUGUGAAAGUAUGUACACACAACACAACACAUCACCCUUAUGCGUUUACACCGAUCAUUAUUUGUGCCUUUUACAACAAACACACCCGCAUUAAUGCAAUCAGUAAGUUGAUCAAGCCAUGUGAAAGUAUGUACAAACAACACAACACAUCACCCUUAUGCGUUUACACCGAUCAUUAUUUGUGCCUUUUACAACAAACACAUGUACUUUUAAGGACGACGAGGAGAUACUGGACCACCCACGCAUUCAUGUUGAAAGUAAUGGGAAGGGCGCCUACUGUCUCAUGAUUGACAACGUCAACAAAGGGGACGAGGCCGCCUACAGAUGCCGGGCUGAAAAUGUGGAGGGGGCCUCCUCGUGCUGCUUCUUUCUCUCGGUCAAAGGUAAAGAGAAAUCACAUUCGCGGUCGUUAGUGUAACCCUACCGUAAUCAUUUCAAAUAAACGUGUGUUUUUUUUUUUUUGUUUUUUUUUUUUAAAUUUCCACUCCUUUUUAAACAAUAUUUUUUUUUUUUUUUUUUUUUUUUUGUGUGGGUGAUGGUAGAUAUAUCUAGAACAAUUUGAGUUUAAAUUAAAUAAAACUUAAUGAAAGGAUUAGAUGCUUAACGUGAUAAAAAAUCAAAUUGUAUCGAAAUAAUUAAAUUACUUCAGGAAAACCAAAAAGCCCAAAGAAAAAAGACGGGAAGAGCCCCAACCGACGGACGGUGUCCUUCCCACCCAUGUUCGCCACCAUCGUCGAAAAAGUGGAAGAGGAGGAGAAGCAAGGGAAAGAACUCAAAGAGCUGCCGCCGUCUCCGAUGACAGAGUUCUACUACGCGCUGACGCUCAAGAGUCGCCAGAGCUGGCCGACGUUUGUCGGGGACUGGGCGUUCGUCGACGGUGGACAUCACGAGAAGAGGAGAAGUGAGUUGGGCAUAGUUAGAGCUUUAGGUUAUUUUUUGGUUUGUUUGGUAGCCUCUUUCUGUUUUCAAACAGUGCUUUUCAAUUUUAAUCAUGUAAUACGAAAGACAUGCAAGGUAUGCCUGUGUGUGCUUUACAAGAAAUUUGAACCUAAAAAAAAAUAUAUCUUUCUAAAGCUCAUACUUUCAUAAAAAAUUCAAACGAUUAGAUGCCUAGCAUAUACAGACACAAUAAACAAUGCAUAGGACAUAACUCUGAAGAAAAGAAUUUCUUAAAAAAAAAAAAAACUAUUAAAAAAAGAAAGCUUUUAGACAGUUGUUGCUUUUCCCAAUUUUUCAACUGUUGAACUUGUGUCCAGGCAAGUACCUAUCCCGGAACAAAUAAUGUUUAAACGCUUACUUAGAAAGUAAUUUAGUGGAUGUUUUGUUCAUCAAGAUGAACACUGUAUGCAAGUGUAAAGAAAAAAAAAAUAAAGGCAACUAAGCGGGUUUCGAAAAGUGUGGGAGGGGCAGAUUGGCGUUGACAUUUUGUACACGAUCAGCAUCAGAACAAAUUUUCGUUAACUGUUGAAAAGCAUUGUUUUACACAUUUUUCGUGUGUGCUUCCUUUCUCUGAUGAGACUAGACAUUUAGUUAGUUCUUAUCAAGUCUAGCGAUAGCGUUCAUCCUAGUCAGUUUAAAAUUUGCAGUUUAAAUAGUAAACACCUGAAAUAAUAUCAUGGCUUGCUUGUUUGCACUAAUCUCGCUGGUCCUGCUUUUAUUAUUAUCCUCCAGGUUGCAAUGCAAGAUAGAUUCAUUUCCCUUAAAUUAAAUUUAUUGCUGUGGUCAUUCGCAGACAAAACAUUUCGAAGGCGCAAUUUUUAACAUGCAACUCAAUUCCAUUAGUAAGGAGUGUACAGUGAAGAUUCCGAUAAUGAAAACGUCCUGAGUUAAUGAUUUAAAAAAUAGAUAUCAUUUAACAUAUUAAAGAUUGUAAGUUUAACCCUUUACGAGAUUUAUAUACUGAAACAUUAUUAUUUUACCAGAUUAUUGACAUGUCAAAAUUGACGGAGUUUUUCAGAAAUGAAAUUUAUUAUUUAGGUUUUUGGUAAGGAAAACUUAUUAUUUAGGUUUUUGGUAAGGAAAACUUAUUAUUUAGGUUUUUGGUAAGGAAAACUUAUUAUUUAGGUUUUUGGUAAGGAAAACUUAUUAUUUAGGUUUUUGGUAAGGAAAACUUAUUAUUUAGGUUUUUGGUAAGGAAAACUUAUUAUUUAGGUUUUUGGUAAGGAAAACUUAUUAUUUAGGUUUUUGGUAAGGAAAACUUAUUAUUUAGGUUUUUGGUAAGGAACACUUAUUAUUUAGGUUUUUGCUAAGGAACACUUAUUAUUUAGGUUUUUGGUAAGGAAAACUUAUUAUUUAGGUUUUUGCUAAGGAAAACUUAUUAUUUAGGUUUUUGCUAAGGAAAACUUAUUAUUUAGGUUUUUGCUAAGGAAAACUUAUUAUUUAGGUUGUUUUUGGUAAGGAAAACUUAUUUCACUUUAAAAACAAAACCAAAACAAAACAAACCAUUAAAAACAAACAAACAAACAAACAAACAAAUCUUCAUUUCUUCAAGCUUUAUAAGAAAAUUGUUUUAAGAAUCUUUAAGGGGGACAUAUGCAUAUUGCUAAAAUGCAGAGAUUUAAUCUUUAGUUUUUAAACAAAGGAUGUAAUUUCACUUCCAGGUGUAACUGCAUAUUCUUAAAAUAUGACUUUUUUUUUUCUAAAGGUUGUUACUCUAUGCGUUAGCGACAUUGUUACAUAUAAGAUUAUGUAUUUUGACACUCUCAAACAUAAGAAAAAAAUAUAAUUCGUCUGUCAAGAUUUGAUAGCGUCCAAUUCAUUUAUUUCAAAGCUUCUUUGUCUUUUGUUUGUGUGAAUAUUGUUCAACUUUUAUAUUUUUUAACAUAUAUAUAUAUUUUAAAAAAAUAAUUUCUGUGUGAUUUAUCUUCCAAUUUUCAUUUAAAUUUGAAGAGGAAUGUACUUAGUAUUGGACCCCGAUCUAUCAUUACUAGUCUAUGCAUGGGAGGCGAAAACGGAACCAUCACAUGUUUAGAUUCACAGCCCUGAAUACAACUCCGUAUACGAUGACAUAAAACACAUGCCUUCCUUAGGUAGCGCAGAUUUAAUGACUACUGUUUACAGCGUUGGAAUUUUUUGGCUUAAAACGUCUUCACCGACACUUGACUUUUUGUUGAAAUUUACACAACGCAUUGUUUGACGGAAUGCGGAAAUGAGUACUGAGCUAAACGACACCCGCCAGAAAAACCAAAGCUUUUUUGUAUCAGUCCUCUAUAAAGUAUCAUCAUUUUGAGCAAAGUAAUAGGGUUGCAGUGAAAACUGGACAAAACAUCCAUACAAGUAGCGCAAUUUAUAAGAAUACCAAUUAGUGCUCCCACACCCCCCCCAACCCCACUCAGACUUGAAAACACACACAUAUUAUUCCCGCCCCUGAGGUAAAUUAAUAUUCUAUUGACAUCCCCCCCCCCCCACCAACCCGUUUUAAACAACAUAUUUAUUCCACACCCCCCCCCACCCCACUCAGACUUGAAAACACACACAUAUUAUUCCCGCCCCUGAGGUAAAUUAAUAUUCUAUUGACAUCCCCCCCCCCCCACCAACCCGUUUUAAACAACAUAUUUAUUGCACAAAACCAUUUCAAAAACGAAAAAAGAAAACAUUACGAACCAAAGAAACUUGCGAUACUUAAUUUUUUUUUUCAUUUAAGAAUCUCAUUAAGUGCAGUUAUUGGAGAUUUUUUUUCCCCGUUAAAUCAGUUUAGUCAUAUAUCUUUCAUCUUUCCCUUUAAAAGCAGGAACAUUUAUUUUUCAAGGGUUAAGGUUGGAUAGUGGGGCUGAAAUUUUGAAAGAAUGUAAUUGCCAUUGGCAGCGAGACUAUGUUUCAGCUCAAUAGGUUGACGGGACGCGGGCCAGAUGGCAGUCCGAAGAUUUUUUUGACAGCCAGCCACGAAAAAAAAGUGAAGUUAAUAGAAAUGAUUUAAAAAUAUGAGUUGCAUUAGGACGUCAGUAAAAAUUCCAAAUUUCACAGUAAAAAUGUGCCGUUAACGAAAAAAAAAUAUAUUUGAUAAACUCAGCGAAUCUUGCAGAUUAACGAUUACGAAAGUGUUGGAUCAAAAGCAAUCUAUAAAAUUUCUUUAAUUCAUUCUUUAUUGAUAAAACCCAGGAAUAUAAGAAAAAAAAAAUAUUAUAAAAAGCUGAAACUGUCUGGGUGACCCUUUCAUUAACACAAUAUUGGCGCUUCACUAAUCAUUGCUGCGCAAUUUAGAAGAGAAAGAAAAAAAGGUAUGAAAAAUUACAAAUUCCACUCACUGGCCUUUGCGCUUCAAUUGUCCAACUAAACAACUAACAGACGCAGACUGAUAAUCAAAUUGAGAUUUUCGUGAAUUUCUACAGCGGACAGCGACGAAAGGGAGACAAAAUCGGCACCGACAACCCCAGUAUCGAACGGCAAACUUUCGGACAAAGGUGGCUUAUUUUUAAACGCAAGGGAGGUCAACGGGAAAGGCGUCAAUAGGGGGCAGUUGAAGGAGAUGACGAAGGAGACGAAGAAAAGGUUGGACGAGGAGGCCGCCAGGAGAGAAAAAGAGAACGCGGCGAAAAGAGAUCAGGAGAAGGUCGCCGCCGACAAGAAGAGAGAGGAGAAUAAGAAGAAGGUUGAGGCCGAGGAAAAGAUCGAGGAGGAGCAGAGAAAGAGGGAGGACGCCAUGAAGCUUCGGAGGAAAACGAGGGAAGACAGGCGCGAAAGAGACAGAAAGGUCAAAGAGGAGGAAGAGAAGAAGGCGGCCGUCAAAGGUGACGUCACGAAUAAAGUCAAUGAUGGAAAGAGCGAAACAUUUGAAAAUAAAGAGCGUUUAAUGAGAGAAGAGGAGAACAAAAAGAAAGAGGCACUGGUGAAGGAAGAAGAGAUGAAAAGGAAGGAAAUGGAAGUGGAACAAACGAAAAAGAAGGACGCGCAAAUGAUUGAAGAUGAAAAGAGAAAGAAAGAGGCUGGUGGUAAAGAAGACAAGAGGAUUAAAAAGGAAGAGAAAUUCAAUGAAGACAAGAACAAAGACGUCGAACAACCCAAAAGACUUAUAGCGACAAAAAUAGCACAUCAAAUUAAGCCACUGGAAGAGGAGAGGCAACAGAAGUUAAAGAAAGAGAGUGAUAUAAAGCGACUGGAAGAGGAGAGGCAACAAAAGUUAAAGAAAGAGAGUGAAAUGAAGCGUCUGGAAGAGGAGAGGCAACAAAAGUUAAAGAAAGAGAGUGAUAUGAAGCGACUGGAAGAGGAGAGGCAACAGAAGUUAAAGAAAGAGAGUGAAAUGAAGCGUCUUGAAGAGGAGAGGCAACAAAAGUUAAAGAAAGAGAGUGAUUUGAAGCGACUGGAAGAGGAGAGGCAACAUAAGUUAAAGAAAGAGAGUGAAAUGAAGCGUCUGGAAGAGGAGAGGCAACACAAGUUAAAGAAAGAGAGUGAUAUGAAGCGACUGGAAGAGGAGAGGCAACAUAAGUUAAAGAAAGAGAGUGAUAUGAAGCGUCUGGAAGAAGAGAGGCAACAGAAGUUAAAGAAAGAGACUAACGACAGCAGAGCUGGAAGGGACUCUCAAGAAACCAGGAAACCGACCCCAUCACCAGCCCCACCAAACACUGAGCAAGCGACUUCCAAAAGGGUCCCAGCAGCCCUGCAGGUGUUCAAGGACAAAGAAUCUUAUCCCACAAACACACGAGAAAAAUCACCAUUCAAAACACAAGACACUAAAGAGGUUCCGAAUAUCCCCAUUUCAUUGGUCAGUCAUAAACUGGAACAACAAAAUCAAGAAAAGCAACAGGCCAGGACAAAUUAUAAGGCUACAGACAUUCCGAAAGAUACAGAGCGAGCCACCGAAAAAGUCUCCGUGGGCGCGCCUCAUGAGCAGAAAGACCAGCCAAAAGACAUUAGGACGCAGCCGUUAGACGCCACGAGGCAGAGAGAAAAAGAACAGAUUGACAGCAUGAAGCAAAGAGAACAAACCCAGAUUGAGAAACUGAGAGAGAGGGAGCGUCAGCAGAUCGGGGCACUGAGGCAAAGAGAGCAAAAUCAAAUAGACGCCCUGCGACAAAGAGAAAAGGAGCAGAUUGAGGCGCUGAGAAAGAGACAGCAGGAGCAGAGAGACGCGACGGAUCAAAGAGAGAAGAAGCAGAGUAGUGGGAUAAAAGAGAUGGUGGAAAGGCCGAACAAAGGAGAAAAAAGACCUCAAACAAAUCCCCCUGAUGUCAAACAAAGUGAAAGGGAUGCAGUAAAAGUUACUAAGGAGAGAGAAGAUUUGAAGCUCAGAGAGCAACAGCAGAUAGAUGAAUUAAGGGCAAAAGAACAAGGCCAGAGAGAUGCUUUGCGACUCAAAGAGAGAAAACAGAUACACGAUCUUCAUCGCCACGAAGAGCAGCAGAAAGAAGAGUUUAGGCUCAAAGAAAUCAAAUUAAAAGAAGAUUUGAGAUCGAAGCAGCCCCACAAACAAGUGGAGGAAGAAGCGAGAAAGAAAGAGGAGGAAAGGAAAAAAACAGAACAGAGAGCCAGAGAAGAGAAAGAGGAGAAACAGAUGGAAGUGAGGAAAGAACAGAUCAGGAAAGAGCAGCUGAGGAGGCAAUAUGAGGAAGACACGAGAAAGCGACAAGCGAAGUUGAAAGCUGAGGAUGAGAUGAGGCGAAACGAAAGGGACAAAGCCGAGCGGUCUUGUGAGAACGGCGAGCAGGAAGGGAAAAAUGAUGAUGAAUCUCAGAUCAAAGUUCAUAAAAGAGACUACUCGUUCUCUGAGCUUCGCCAAAGCUUAGAGUCCCAUUUGGGUGGGGAGGUAAUGGACGAAGAAGAGCACAAAUAUUGGAACAACAUCAUGGAAAAACACGCGUACUCGAUCAAUGACAUUAAAAAGGCGUUUGAUUCAAUCUCCAGUGAAGAAAGACCAUCGCGACAGAGAGCUCGGAGAAACAGCAUAGAGGAGACCGAGCUGCUGAACAUGAAGCGGUCGUCUUCUAUAAAUGACUUGAGGGAAUCGUACACUAAAUCCCUCGGCCGGCCGAAGAAAAUCAUGUCGGAACUUCAGAAGCGACAGAAAGACGAGGAGUUCUUGAAGCGGGCUUCGUCCAUUAGCGACCUACGACACCAGUUUCUGGCGGUCGUUCAAAAGCAGGCGACGUCGUCCAGAUUGUUGAACGUGCCCGGGAAACAAGAAGCGGAAAUCACCAUUAGGCACAUGAAGCUGUCCGAUACAGUCCGGCCGUCCGAAAUCAGACAGCGGUCGAAAUCGCCGACUCCAUCUCCUUUGUACGCCGCGGUGUCUCAGUCCACAGCGCAAAACUCGUCGGACAACAAACCCGCGUCCCGGACCCAGGCCGAGCUCAACAAACUAGCAGGGGCCGUGGCGGCCAAACGUGCUUCUUUUCACGAAAUGCUAGCACAGAAGGGCGAAGGCGUCGCUCCCGAGAAAUCACAAAAGCGAAUGUCGUACCAAGGCCGUGACGCCUACGGGAGCCGGGAAAUUUCCGUGUACAAACGAGCCGCGGGCUGGUCGGACGACAUCGAGAGUUCUCCGGAAGUGAACGAUUCUCAGCUCAACUCUGACACGUGCUCACAGGCUAGCAAUGCGUCAUCAUCAUCAUUCUCAUCCAGCGCACAUCUCCACGACACCAUCAACUCAUCCUACACCACUAAGGUUCGCCCCUUUGUCUACAACUCAGUCCGAACUACAGCUAGAAGUAAGUACCAUGGUUCUUCUAUUUGA